ACCUAACUCCCACUUAUAGUUUUACAAAAAAAAAACUACAAGUAUAAAUGAACAUAGCCUUUGGCUUCCAAAUCUCGCGCUCUGAAUCUUUUUUCAAAGAUUGAGACCCAAAACUCUCCUGCAAUAGUGGAAGAACAGAAAAGAGAGUUUAGAAGUUGAAUCUCAUAACCAUGUCUGAUAUUGUCAACGUGGUUUCUAAAAAAUAUCUUGAGCAACUUCAACUCCAUCCUCUCAGAACCAAGGCAAUUACUGCUGCGGUUCUAAUUGGGUUUAAUGAUACACUAGCCCAGAAGCUCUCUGGGGUCAAGAAGCUUCAAUUAAGAAGAUUACUUCUUAUGAUGCUUUAUGGAUUUAACUAUGCUGGACCAUUUGGCCACUUCCUCCAUAAGUUGAUGGACAAACUAUUCAAAGGGCAGACAGGGAAAUAUACUGUUGCUAAGAAGGUGGUGUUGGAACAAUUAACUGCUUCUCCUUGGAAUAACUUGCUUUUCAUGAUAUACUAUGGCAUGGUGAUUGAAGGAAGACCAUGGAGUUUUGUCAAGAAUAAAAUUCGUAGGGACUACCCUUCAGUUCAGUUGGCUGCAUGGAGAUUUUGGCCAAUAGUUAGUUGGGUGAAUUACCAGUAUAUGCCUCAACAAUUCCGCGUUCUGUUUCAAAGCCUUGUUGCCUCAUGCUGGGCAAUCUUUUUGAACCUGAAGGCAGGAUCUGUAGCAAUCAAGAAGUCGUAGAAUGAAGAAACUCAUUUGAAUUGAACUUGAAGUUCCUUAUUUUGUAGACCAAAAAAUAAAAUGGAUUUCCAAAUUAUUUUAGUGCUUUAUCUGUAAAAGUCUCUGUCUGUGCAAGUUUUCCUUGGUAUGUAACUUUAUAAGUUUUUUUUUUUUUUUUUUUUUUUUUUUUUUUUUUUUUUUUGGGUUUUUAUUCUUUGCAUGAAAUGGUGCUUCAAACAGUUGAGAAUUUAUCCCUCCCACUAAUGUUUGUUUUGACAAGGAGACAACAACUUCAACAGACUCCAGAAAUAGCGGAGUUAGACAUUAUUUUGUAUUUUGAAAGUGGAUUGAAGCUUUAUUUUAUCUUAUA